ACGCCAUCCACACUAGAGAGCUGAAGCUGGAGCGACUGUAACCACAGAGCAACAUCAAGACAUCUGCUCGACUAAGUCAUCUUCAGAAAACGACUGAGAGGAAGAAACAGCAGAAAGAUGAGUGCUGCUCAGAGUCAAACCACACUGGAGUCCCUGCAGUGCCACUUCACCUGGGACCUGGACCGCAAAAGGUCAAUACUAUUACUUCUCAGGGACAAGGUGGAAGACAUCCGCACCGAGGAUGGAAAUCGAUGGUUGGGCCACAGUUACAACCUGUGGGGGUUCAUUCAGUAUAAGCUGGGGUUAAAUGAAGAGGCUAAGAGUUUGUUUCAGAAGGCUGCAGAGACCCUCAACAAGCUGAGAGACGCAGAUGAGGGUCCUUGGUUAGUGGUGAACUACGGGAACCUGGCCUGGCUGCACCACCACCUGGGAGAUCUAGAGGAGAGUCAGGCUUACCUGUCAAAGGUUGAUGCCCUGAUGGAAAAAUACCCAUCUCCAUCCCAGGACGACCUCCAUCCAGAGAUCUACGCUGAAACGGCCUGGACCCUGAUGUUCUUCGGAGAGGAUAAGAAGCUGGUUGUUGAUUACUACGAGAAAGCUGCCAGGAUGCAGCCGGACAUGGUGGAUUGGAACACCAGCUAUGUCAUAUGGUUAAAGAACGCCCAAAACUUCAGUGACACAAGGCUGGACCCUGACCUCUUGGAGAAAAUGAGACAAGCCAAGGAACGGGAUCCAGAGAACUUGUACCUCGCUGUGCUCUACCUUGAGCAACUUGCUGAUGAAGGAGAAAACAUUCGAGAUGAAGUCCGUGAGUUGGCUGGAAAUGUGAGCACUCUGUGCUGCAAUAACAGUGGCAUGUGGGCCUUACUACACCUUUACAUAAAAUACAUAUCAGUUGAUGACGCUAUUGAUUUGGCAGAGAAAGUUCUGAAAGAACAUCCAGAUGUGCGUUAUCUGAAAAGAUUAGUUGCGUUCUGCUACAGAUCGAAGAUAGUUUAUAAAAGCAGAAAUUACCCUGAUCCAGAACAAAGCAUGAUGGACAGAGCAAUCGCUCUCCACGAGGAGCUGCUCUCUCUUUACCCUCACUCUUCACUCAAAAACGAAACAGAUCUCGCAGCUAUCUAUGCAAAGUCACGUCACAGCAAGGCCAAAGCUGAGCAGAUAUUUCAGAAACUGCUCAAAAAUGAACCACCAGAACCUUCAGACAAACAGAUGCUUUACAACAAAUAUGCAAAUUACUUAGCCUGUGAUCGAAAAGCCUACCACAGGUCGACACAGUAUCACAUGAAGGCAGCAGCAAUACCAGAAAAAUCCUACUUCCGUAAGAAAAGCAUCGGAACCCUGGAGAGGAAUAAAGACAGAGAAAUUGAGGAGUUUCUCAGAAACCUGCAAGAGCCAAGGCAGUAAAGAUAGGGAGGCAAAUUUAGGGGGAACAAUUUUGUCCAAGCAAAAAAAAAAA